AUGGUAGUAGAACCAGUCAAUGAGGUAGUAGAACCAGUCAAUGAGGUAGUAGAACCUGUUAUCAAAGCUGCAGCUCCUUUCACUAAAGUGUCUGUUCCUGUUGUGUCUGGUCAGGUAACUUCUGUAUUCCAUAAGCAUCUUGAACUGUGUAAGUGUGAUUCUGUUGAUCGUAGUAAGUCUGUUCCUAUGGAGUUUGAGGUUCUUGAGUAUCCCAAUAGUGACUCGUUGUUAUAUUUGUUAGGUAGUGAGUGUUCUCAAUUGUUGUUUGAUGGUAUAUGUGUGUGGAAUUAUAUGUCUGGUCCAUAUCCUACAUCUUUAUACUUUAAAUCAUCUGGUUUUCUAUAUCUGAACUUUGAUCCAUACUAUUAUUUAUAUGUGUAUGAUGGUAAAAGCUGGGUCCUCAAAAAAGAUCUUUCCCAUCGUCCUUCCGCUAAGUUAGAUCCUUCUAUGUAUCCCAAAGAUAUUACCAUUAUUACCGAAAAAACAGAAGAGUCCUUGAAGCUUGUCAAUAAUGAUACCAGUCUAUAUAAUGUCUAUGAUCAUGGCAAUGGAAUGCUCCUAUAUGUAUUCACUCCAAAUGCUAGAUGUGUUGAGGUAAAGUAUCGUGAUCAAACCGUUUCCAAGAGACAACCUGGUGCCUAUCCCACAAGAAUUCUCUUUGAUACUGAAUCUUUAACAUUCGAGUACGAUUUCCAGAAAACUUCUGCAAUCUAUAGACUUUCCGAUUCCGGCUGGUACCUAUCCGACGCCUUUGAUAAACUAGAAAAGAUCGAAAGUGAAAUACCUUCCUGGAUCGCCAAACAAUCCAAUUACAAAUUUGGAUCCAGAAUAUCCCUAUCUAAGCUCAAAAUAUUUACGUCUGACAACAGAAACGGUUCCGGUGCCAAACUGAUACACCUCAAAAGUUCCAUGUUACAUUGUAACAAGUGGAAUUCCGGUUAUUUCUAUCCAGUGAACGGACUAUAUCUAAAACUAGUAUACAACGGUCAUGUAGUCUUCAGGUCCACAGAGUAUCCAUACAGAGGAAGACCUACAGUAGUCCUGUUUGACCUUGAUAAUAAUACCGUAACUGUUUUCUUCAGUUCCAACUUCAAAGUAUCCAUAAAUCACAUAGAUGAUACAGAUAAGGAAACGGUUCUGGUGACCAAGCGUGAAACCAAAGAACCAGAUGCUGUUACAGAACCGUCAGAAAGUGUAUCCGAACCCAUUAUUAGGGCUAAAAAGGUAACUGCAGUAUCAGUUGCAACCGCACCUCCCGCAAAACUAAAACCAGUCUCACUUGAUAUUGAGAAAACAGAAAGUACAGAACAGAUUGAGUACGAUUAUCAAAAUAACUAUCAUACAUACAUACCUAAAGAAAGUCAUGCAUUUUCUAAGGUAUUUCAGGGUUCGACCAUUGUCUGGGAAUGCAAAAGUAAUAUAUAUGCUACUUUAGUCAAGAUUAAACCUAUAAACGGUGUAAUAUUAGUUGCUAUCCAACUCAUAAGCAAUUCAUUCAAACUAUACUCACUCUCAACUGGAAAAUGGUCUGAUCUUACUGAUAAGAGGUAUGAUGUUACUAAACUUAAGUUUUACGGUGAAAGAGAUAAGGAACUCACUUCAUCUGACUUCAAUGUUACCAUAAGUGAUUACUCUUUCUGUUACUUAUUUAACACUGGAGUCAAAUGUAGUAAAAUUAAGCAUGGAGAUCAAGUCGUUUAUAGUUAUGACGAUCAUGAAGAUUUUGGUGAUGUAUCAAUGUUUUCUCUUGGUCUCGUCUCAAACGAAUUCUUCGUCAAGAACACUUCAGGCGAUUUCAAGAAACUAGUUACAAAGGUCACCCCAGUUACUCUUGAUAUUAACCACGCACGCACAACCCGUGAAUUCGAAUUCAGUUAUCAAAAUAAUUAUCAAACAUUCACUCCUAAAUAUGGAUAUGUUUUAAACAAGGUUACCCAGGGAAAUAGUCCAAUUUGGGAGUCAAAAGACAGGACCGUUUCAUUAGUCAGGACUGUGGCUCUCAAGGAAGAAAAAUACACGGCAAUCCUUCUCAAUGGUAACACAGGUGAACUAAUGGCUGCUGAUUUUAUAUUAUUUCACAAGAGUAAUGCUGAACAGACAUGGGUUAAUAUCACUAAUACUAGACAUGAUGUCGCAAAACUCAAGUUCUUUGGCGAUGGCAAUGCCCCACUCAAGAAAUCUGAUUACGAAGUUACCCUUGUUGACUACUCUUACAGAUUCAUAUUUAAAGAUGGAAUCAAGUGUAUAAAAGUGAAAUACGGUAAUGAAGAUGUUUGGAGCCAUACCGAUGACAAGGACUAUUCUAAAAUCACUAGUUUUUCACUAGGCCUUAUUUCAAACAAGUUUUAUGUAUUUAAAAGUGAGUCUGAAUUCAAAAAACUAAAUUUUAAAUCAAAUAUAGAAGAAUCUGAUAAGGCGGAUCCGCAACCUAAGGUUCAAGAGGCUAAACCUGAAACUAAGGAACCAACUAAAGCUGAGAUACCUCAAUCUAAAGCAGCUCCUGUAACAACUGCGACAGAUCCCACGGAAUCUGCUAUUACAACUGGAAAAGCUAAACCAAAGGAAGCUCAAGCUACGACUCCUGUAACAACAACUCAACCAAGUUCUACAUAA